GGCUGAGCCGUGUCGUCUGUACCUCUCAGUCUCUCAUGUUAACUAAUAGCCACGAAAAAAAUAUUUGCAUCAUCUAUUUACCAGAUGACAUAACCCAACCGUAACUGACCUUUACUAGACAUAAAAAAUUAUAUUAUUUUACUUUUUAUCUUCUACAUUAAUAAUAAUUGACCCAUGAAUGGCUUAACGUUUCCCUUUCUGGUAAUAUAUCAACAUUAGUUAUGCAUCAGCCGUCCAUGUCGGUCUUUAGAGAUGUGACUUCAGUUUAAUAAAAUUAUUUAUGUUCUAGAAAAAUAAGUCGCAGGGUGAGGAGUGAUGCAGUACACCUCUUGGACAUACCACUAAUAAAAAGAGAAUGUGUGGCAUCUGCUUCAUUUGUGGUUUCUUAGUCCCUCCACUUCACUUGGAGAAUCAGAUUCGUUCAUAUUACACUCUUCUUAACCAUCGAGGACCUGAUGCACAUGAGAAGAAGACACUUUCUGUUAAUGAUGAGGUAAAUGCAUUGUUCGAAGGCUGUGUACUCUGGUUGCAGGGACGUAAGCCUACAUCACAACCACUCAUAGACCAGAAUGGAAAUAUCUUGCUUUGGAAUGGAGACAUCUUAGCGGGUUUUGAGAUUCCAAGAGAUCAAAGUGACACAGAAUAUUUAUCUGAUGAGUUGGCAACUAAAGAAGAGAGAGAGAUUUUGUCCUUCCUGGGUGUUAUAAAGGGACCCUGGUCACUUAUUUACUUCCAGAAAAAAACAAAGAGACUCUACUUUGGCAGGGACAUAUUUGGCAGGCACAGUUUGUUGUGGCAACUUCCCUCUGAAGCUUUUUUAAUGUUCAUGAUAUCAUCGGUGUGCAGGCAAAAUGAAUGUGUCAAGGAAAUCCCAGCUCUUGGACUUUUUUAUAUAGAUUUUUUUGAAACAAAUUUAAAAGUUCAGUUUACAGUCCAUUUGAUACCUUGGUCACAUGCUGCUGAAGAAAGUCUCAUGUGUUUGGAUCCUGUAAUAAAAGUCAAGGAGCACAAGAUAAUUUCAUGCAUUCGAAAUACCUUAGAUAUGUGCAUUCCCUCAGAUACCAUUCUGGAAGAUAUCAAGUCUCUGCCAAGUACAUUAGAUGGAGAAAACACAAAGAUACUUCAUUUAGCUUUUAAAAGUGACAUUGAAAACCUGUUAAAAGUUUUAACAAAUUCAAUUCAAAGGAGAGUUGACAAAAGUCCACUUAAAUGUCGUAACUGUACAGAUUCACAGGUAAGGUGUGAUCACUCAAGAAUUGCUGUACUGUUUUCUGGUGGCCUAGAUUCUGCUAUGAUUGCACUUCUCCUAGAUUCAUGCUUGAUGGAAUCAGAAAGUGUAGAUUUGCUGAAUGUGGCAUUUUUACAGAGAGUUUCCCAAAGUAAUGAAGUUAAAAAGAAAUGUAAGGUAAAGAAUUCUUCAGUUUCUGGAAAUAAUCCCAUUAUGAACUAUGAGGUACCUGACAGAAUCUCUGGAAGGCAGUGUUGGCAGCAAUUACAAGAAAUAAGACCACUAAGAAAAUGGAACUUUGUGGAGAUUAAUGUAAAAAGUGAUGAACUAGCACAGGGAAGACAGUCAAAUAUUAGUCACUUGGUUGCUCCACAAACAUCAGUCUUGGAUGACAGUAUUGGAUGUGCUCUUUGGUUUGCAGGACGACAGGGGUCCCCUUGUGGGAAAUCUGAAAAAUUCCAAAAACCGAAAUGCAUCUGGUCCCAAGGAUUUCGGAUAAGGGAUUGUCAACCUGUACUGUAUAUCUUUAUCUCUGCUUUACAAAAUAUUUUGUAUUGCCAUACAAAGGUUCUCUUGUGUGGUAUGGGUGCAGAUGAACAACUUGGUGGAUAUUCUCGUCACCGUGGUCGCUUCUUAGCAGGUGGUUGGUCAGCCCUUUUGGAAGAAAUCAAUAUGGAGAUCUCACGAAUCCACACUAGAAAUCUUGGCAGAGAUAAUCGCAUUUUGGCAGAUCAUGGACGUGCUCCAAGGUUUCCGUACUUGGAUGAAGAUGUUGUGUCAACACUAAACUCUCUCCCAAUUUGGAUAAAGGCCAACUUGCAGUUACCACGUGGAGUAGGGGAGAAGUUUAUACUGCGUGUGGCAGCUGCUCACCUUGGUCUGUCCUCUGCUGCCGGUUUACCAAAAAGAGCUAUUCAGUUUGGUUCUAGAAUAGCAAAACUUGAAAAUUCCAAAGAGAAAGGGUCAGAUUCCUGUGAGAGGUUAAUGCAGAAAUAACAUCAGUUGCUAAAAUGUACAGUACACUUGGUAAAAAAGUAUGAUUCAGAAGGAGUCCAAUGAAUUUAGAAGUGAAGGGUUGGUAGGCAUGAUUGUGAGACAUUUCCUACCUAUUAUGGUUGGCCUAAAAUUUAGUUAUUUCAUUCAAAAUAUAAAACUAGUUUGUUGCAAUAUGAUUGGUGAAUAACAGUAUGCCUCACAGAGCCUUUAUCAAAAACCUUUGUUCCUGGUGUCAUUUUGUUUUGCACAAGAAUUGUAAAGAUACUUUAUUUUUUUACCGAGUGUUCAUUCAAACUUCUGUGAUCAGACCAUCCUGACUGAGGUCAGGUGGUUGAGAGAUGGUGUAAACACACAAAACCACUCUACAACCAAAUACACUUCAUUUAAAAAAAAAUCAAGGUAAUGAUGUGAAUUAGAUUUUAAUUACAGUACAUGAUAAUUAGCAUAACUGAAUUAUAUUUAGUGUGUUUAUGAAAUCUAUUGGGCAGAUUCUCCUAUAACACUUGCAGUGACAGUGCCUCUGCCAGCAUGUGUGGCCCCAGAUGUAAACUUGACCUGCCACCUGCAGCAUUGUACUGCAGUAAAUUGUCUAAGUCCUUGUAAAAAAAAAUGUCCUAUAUUGCGAGAUAAAAAUAAAAUUGGUCUUUUCAUAAGCCGGAAGUGCUGUGCACCAAUUGUUUUGGCUAAUGGAGAUAUCACUAUAUUAAAAUGAUUAUAACUAUGUUUGGUUUCUAGACCUCAGUAACGCAAACAUGUGUUCACAUUUACCCUCCUAAAUUUACCACAAAUAAUAAUAGCAAAUUA